GGCAGGAUGAACGCUGCUUUCCAAGAUGGCGACGGAGGGAGGAGGGAAGGAGAUGAACGAGAUUAAGACCCAAUUCACCACCCGGGAAGGUCUGUACAAGCUGCUGCCGCACUCGGAGUACAGCCGGCCCAACCGGGUGCCCUUCAACUCGCAGGGAUCCAACCCUGUCCGCGUCUCCUUCGUAAACCUCAACGACCAGUCUGGCAACGGCGACCGCCUCUGCUUCAAUGUGGGCCGGGAGCUCUACUUCUAUAUCUACAAGGGGGUCCGCAAGGCUGCUGACUUGAGUAAACCAAUAGAUAAAAGGAUAUACAAAGGAACACAGCCUACUUGUCAUGACUUCAACCACCUCACAGCCACAGCAGAAAGUGUCUCUCUCCUAGUGGGCUUUUCCGCAGGCCAAGUCCAGCUUAUAGACCCAAUCAAAAAAGAAACUAGCAAACUAUUUAAUGAGGAAACCUCUUGUCAGCACUUGUGGAAGGUGGAUUGGAAUGAAGAGAGAGAGAAUGAAGGUAGCAAGACCAGUGAGGAGGCUCUAGUAACUGUCCAGAGAUUAAUAGACAAGUCACGAGUAACCUGUGUCAAAUGGGUUCCUGGCUCGGAAAGCCUGUUCCUAGUAGCCCACGCCAGUGGGAGCAUGCACCUGUAUAACGUGGAGCACUCUUGUGGCACCACAGCCCCCCACUACCAGCUCCUGAAGCAGGGCGAGAGCUUCGCUGUGCACACUUGCAAGAGCAAAUCCACGAGGAACCCUCUCCUCAAGUGGACGGUGGGCGAGGGGGCCCUCAACGAGUUUGCUUUCUCCCCAGAUGGCAAGUUCUUGGCGUGCGUGAGCCAGGACGGGUUUCUGCGGGUGUUCAACUUUGACUCUGUGGAGCUGCACGGCACGAUGAAAAGCUACUUUGGAGGCUUGCUGUGCGUGUGCUGGAGCCCGGACGGCAAGUACGUCGUGACGGGGGGCGAGGACGACCUGGUGACCGUCUGGUCUUUCGUGGACGGCCGCGUCAUAGCUCGCGGCCACGGGCACAGGUCCUGGGUCAGCGUAGUGGCCUUCGACCCCUACACGACGAGCGUGGAGGAGGGCGACCCCACGGAGCUCAGCGGCAGCGACGAGGACUUCCAGGACCUGCUCCACUUCGGUCGAGACCGCGCCAACAGCACCCAGUCCCGGCUGUCCAAACGGAACUCCACGGAGAGCCGGCCCGUCAGCGUCACGUACCGGUUCGGCUCUGUGGGCCAGGACACGCAGCUCUGCUUGUGGGACCUCACGGAAGACAUCCUCUUCCCGCACCAGCCCCUCUCGAGGGCGCGGACACACACAAACGUCAUGAACGCCACGAGCCCCCCGGCCGGGAGCACCGGGAACAGCGCCACGACGCCCGGCAGCGCGGCGCCCCCUCCUCUGCCGCGGUCCAACAGCCUCCCACAUUCCACCGUCUCCAGCGCCGGCAGCAAGGGCAGCGUCGCCGACGGGGCCGUCGCGUCCGGGGUCAGCAAGUUCGCAACGCUCUCCCUGCAUGACCGGAAGGACCGGCACCACGAGAAAGACCACAAGCGGAACCACAGCAUGGGACACAUCUCCAGCAAGAGCAGCGACAGACUGAACCUGGUUCCCAAAACCAGGACGGACCCGGCCAAGACCCUGGGCACGCCCCUGUGUCCUCGGAUGGAAGACGUGCCCUUGCUGGAGCCGCUCAUCUGUAAAAAGAUAGCACACGAACGCCUGACCGUGCUGAUUUUCCUUGAAGACUGUGUGGUCACCGCGUGUCAGGAGGGGUUUGUUUGCACAUGGGGGAGGCCGGGGAAGGGGGCGAGUUUGAAUCCUUAAUGCUGCACCGGACGGAGACUCAGUAGGUAGCGAUUUUUUUCUUGCGGGAGGGGUGGGUGUACAAUGGAUGAAUGACACUUCUUAAUGUAAAUCUAAAUGCAUCAGAGCCAUAAUUUUGGAUACUGCAUGCCGUGUAAUUCUGAAUCAUUUGAUAAUUCACCUUAGAAGGUUUAAAAAAUAUAAUCAAACUAAUUGCCAGCCAAGUCAGUCACCCUCCUGGGAGUAACUAGAGUCCCGAGGUUAGUGUUCCCGUCUUAGACGAUUUUGAUUUUAGGAAAAUCAUGACAGUAUGGGAAACAAUGACUUAAAAAGCUAAAAUUAAAGUCUCUGCUUUAACUGGAAUAUUUUUGCUUAACUACGCAAUUAGAAUAUUGUACACCUGAUCAGAGCGUGUGUUCAGUACGGACGGCCAUUGAUUGUCAUUUAUAGUCCAAUUUUUUUAUCUUAAUCAUAAAAUGUUUAGGAAUCUAUGAAAUUUAACUUUAGGAACAAAGCGUUCAGCAGGGUUGAUUGAUAUUAUUUUUACAUUGUUCUGGCAAUCCACAGAAAGAGAAGAGCCUUAAUUUUUAAAACCCAUUUUAGUCAUUUUAUGACAAUUAAAAUUGUUUAAUAAACAUCUUUUUUCAAAGAAGCAGUUUGUACCACUUUGAUUGAGACUCUGUGCACUAAACGACACACCCACGCUCCCGGAGCCGGCGGCCGCGAGAGCCGCGGGCCCAGGCCCCCGCAGGCGUCCGAAGUGCCUCUUGCCACACGAGCCAAGACCUGUAUGUCCCACACGCUGUGCUGAUGUUUUUUUCCAAUGAGGAAAAGGACGUUUUAUUCUCUUUUGUUUUGGGGCAGGUUUUGUGGGGAUAUUUGUUUCUUGGGUGUUUUUUUUUUGUUUUUUUUUGUUUUUUUUUUGUCAAAAGGCACGCGGCUGUAGGCCCUGGACAGCCUCUUCAGCUUUGUUUUGUACAGACAGACAGACCCCCGAGGCCCUGGCUGGCUCCACCCCGGAGGGGGAGCCCAGGCGCAGGUCGCCCGUGCCCUGCUGUGGCGCAGCCGCUUAGGGGUCUCUCCGGGUUGCCCGUGCUGGCUGGGCCUGCGGCGGCCAGGGCCGGGGCGCACACACCCCGGGCGGGACCGCUCCCGUGGGGAACGACGGUGUUUGACCCUGAGUCCAGCCCGGAGGACCUUCCAGCAGUGGAGGAGUUUCGGAUCCCGGUUUUCACACAGAUGGACGGUUCCCUGAGCUCUGUGUUUUGUGUCAAGAU